AUGAACUUGUAAUAGUGGUUAAUGAUAGCAUGUAGGAAUCAAAAUCAUCAAUAAAAUCAAAUUAACUCGAUUGAAAAGACUAAAAUCACAGUUUAAAAACACUCGAAUAAAACUCAGCGAGACGUGCAGUGGUAUUUUUUAAAAAGAACUUAAACCGUCAAGUAGGGUUAUCAUGUACACAUAUAUAAUAAUUUGUUAUGCAAAUAAAUAAACAAUAAUACAUAGAGAUGGGAAAUCUAAGUAAUGAGGAAAGUUCGAUGAAAUGUGUACAAAAUACCCUUCUCUCGUCUUUCUCUGUUUACAAAAUAUUUAUAAGCCAUUCUACCAAACAGUCAAGACGCCGGAUGAGCAACAAGUCAUGUGGGAUGUGAUGACAAACAGUCAGACUUGACGGUGAAAUAUUUUAAUGAUUGCACGAUUAGACGAGCUCACUGCUGUCGUCAUCACUUAAUCACCGAGUGCUGAAGAUAAGACACCGUUUCAAACAGUUACCCGCGUCUCGUCCAAAGCGAUAAUUUUUAGCGGAGUAAAGGCGCGCGCGUGCAUUUUCAUCUUAAUUUAGUUUUGAUCGUCUGCGAUGCUCGUCGUGGCCGCAGUGGAAAUCAGUUUGAGCCAUCAUCUAAAUACAUCACUCUCGGGAAGUUUAGUCAUAGCAAGUGACAGCCAUCAAACAGUCCAAAAGCCAAACACUAUCAAGUGAAAACGUCUUUGCCUUGAUGACAAGGGCCUCGAAGUUUUUUUUUCGUCAGAAUUUUGAGAGUACUGCAAUUUAUUGGUUCAUUGCAGGUUAACUAGGAGAUCACUGACUUAAUCAGAGUUAAUAUCUAACUGGAUUCUCUAGAAAAACUUUCCACGGCUCAUUGAAACAUUUUCAGGAUAAAAAACUUUUUCUUGAGAACUUGGAUAGUGCAAAUAUUUGUUGAUUAUUACAGUUCGACUGCGAGAUAUUGGUUCAAUCAAGUCUUUCUAAACUUUCAUUGAGUUCUACAAAAAAUAUUCGAUCAGCAGUUAUCUCUCAACGGAAAGCAUCAACAUAUUUUUUUUUAUAUAAAUCAAGCGUUUUCUCGAACUUCCGUGGGCCUCUUGGAGGCAAAAGAAGGACUGUACGCAAAAUGGUCUACGAAUGAUUUUUAUAUUUUUUUGAAAAGUGCUGAUAACUUCUCAAAGAAUCUUGGAACUAUCUAAACCGAAAGUGGUAUCGCGGGAAACUAAGUUUCUUUUCCCCAGAACCUUCUGCUACAAGUUUUAUGUGAAGUGGUGAUAACCUGGAUAAGAGCUUCUGCGGAUAUAGAAGUGCAAACAUGGCAAUAUUAAAAGGAAUAACGAUCCAUUCAAACAUGAUUUUAUCCUGGAUGUGGCUCGUGGUGGCCGUUACCAGUGUAGGAGCCAUAUCGUUUCGGGAACAACCAGAAAGUAUAACAGCCAUCGGUGGGGAGACCGUUGUACUUCACUGCGCUGUCAACAACCAAGCCGAUAUUCCUCUCUACUGGCAGAACCUUGAUACCGCUUCCUACAUCAGCUUAAACCGAAGGAUGAACCCCUACGGCCAGAUUGGAGAAGAACAACUGAGCAGAUUUGAAGUGACAGGCAAUGUUGAAAGAGGCGAGUACCAUCUACAGAUCACCAACGUUUCGAAGGCCGACGAAGGCAGGUAUGCCUGUGUGUUCUUUCUUAACUUUAAUUACUACAGUCAAGUUGCCAAGGUUAGGGUAGUUCGACCACCGGAUCGUGGCUACCCAAAGUGCGCUAUUGAUCCCAUCCAGAGAGCCAAUGUCGGCGAUAACAUCACAUUGUCUUGUGAGUCCCGUGGGGGUGAUCCGCCGGCGACGUUGUCCUGGGUUCGAGGAACGACGCGGUUGAUCACGAAGAGAGGGCGCCACCACAAAGGUGACCCGAUUGUCCAUUAUUCCAUGACGUUGACAGAAGAAGAUUCGGACGUCCGUUUCACGUGCGUGGCUACCAACUCUGCAUUGGAGCAACCGAUAACAUGUUCCCUGACCCCACUUCGUAGCAGCCUGGGUGUCUUACUUCGACCUGUAGUCGCCAGCGUGGAGGUUGGCCAAGCUUUCACAUUUGCCUGUAUCACAGAGAGAAUGCCUAAUCUUGCGUACCAGUGGUACAUCAACAACGAACUCAUCGACGGGCGAGAAUCGCGAUUCACCUACCUCCGUGGAGGUCAGAGACUCCUGAUCGAGGCCGUCACCAUGGAAGACGACUAUGCUCUGGUUAAAUGUGAGGUCACCCAGAAGGAUUACAGUUAUUCAGGAUCGGCAGUGGGUCUCCUUUGGGUGCAGUCCAACAGGAUUAGCACAUCCGAUGUCCAGGAAGCUGCAACCGAAGCACCCUCACCACGCGGGAUAGCCACAGCAAACAUCGUGACGAAAGUCCGAGCAACUACCACAUCAGCAAAGGCAACAACAGCGCCUACCACUCUCGCAACGACAACGCUUUCAACCACAUCAUCACCUCCAACCACCACAAUACCUACAACAAAGGCAACGACAAUGAAACCGACAUCAAAAGCAAUAACGGAACGACCUACAAUUCCCCAAGUGCCUCUUGUGGUCAACGAUGGAAAUAUUGUGAUUUACGAGUCUUCGUCGUCGUCGUCGGUUUCAUCUGAUAUAUUUUCCAGUUUAAGUUCGGUUUCAUCGCUUUCGUCGGACAACGAGAUAGAAGUUCCCGAGAGCGAGACUACCGGCCUAGUAGACAUUUCACUUCCAACUGAAACCAGCGCACCUACCGAAGCAUCUACGACACAGGUAACCAAGACACAGCCUCCAGAAAUGUCUGGUAACGACCUGACUCCUACUGAAACUCAGGAAGAAACAAAUGCAAAUAUUAUCCUAAACGCAACCCAUCCCGUUGAAAACUCAACGAAUAACCUUGUAAAUGUUUCUGUAACCUCAUCUACAAGUGCAACUGAUGUCAUGGAGGUGGGUAGUGGUGACAGUAUUGGCAUUCCGAUUGAUGAGACAAACAUUUUUACAGAUCAAGAACUGCCACCGCCGAACAAAACCGACCGAUUACGCGGGAAUCCGAACUGGGGGCUGAUCGCGGGGUUGUUCGUCGUCUUCCUCCUCGUCGUCGUCGCGCUCAGUGCCUUAGCGGUAUUUCUAUAUAAAAAACACGGCAAAGAAGCGACUUCGACGCCAUCCACGUGAUCGUAAAGAGGUAUUCAGUUGAACAUCGAAAACAACUCCUCUCUAUCAGGGCCUAUUGGUAGCCCGAAACGUGAGACAAAUACGUGAUGUUUUUGCAGUUUAUUGGAGUUGGAUAUUACACACUGUGCUGCAGUAUUGAAUUCUAGUCGGCUGCUGCAGAAAAAAUGAAGUUCUAUACUUGUUCAACCAGUUUGGAACAUCAUUGAGAUGCCUUACAUUAGUUAUAUAAAUCUGGAACAAGGUGCUUAAUUCAUUAGGUUUCAUCCAGAAAAGAAUAGGUAAUAGUGGACGUGUCGUGGAGUAAAGGUUCUUACUCUUGCCUUGCAAUUAGAUGGUCGUGUGUUCGAAACCCGUCGCGGCACUAGCGUCAUUUGACAAGAAGUCAAUCUACAUUUUGCCAUGUUUUGAACGGGUACAUGGUAAAGGAAUCAAAGCCAAUGAAGUACGAGUAGCAACUGAUCUUAGAAGCGCUUAUCCUGUUGAAAUUCUCCCAGAAAGUACAAUUUGCGGACAGAGCGUUCAAUCUGUUCAAAACGUAUUAAGCGGGAUAUAGAUUUUGUCAUAGUGACAAGACAUUUUGAAUCGUUAUUUCUAUUUCUGGUGUGUCAAACAUGUAAACUUUGUAUAAAUCGGUGUAAAUAAUAUUGUACAGGUUGAAUAGUGACGUUAUUUUAAGUUUUUUUUUCUACACUGAAGUCCACGAGUGAGUGCUCUUCAUUAAUCUAAAAAGAAUCUUAUGUAUUUUCAUUUUCAGACUAUUCUUCAAAGCCCGACACAAAUUAUGAUAGUUUUCCACAAAAUAUUGCAGGAUAAUAUAGAAAAGGGAUAAUAAAUAAUCUUGAUUUUAUGAAAGAUUCAAGGGAAAAAACACCACUGCGGUUUUGAUAGAUUAGAUAACAUACAGUAUUGAAUAUUCUUAAAAGUAACUGCCAAAAGAUGCUUGGACAUGAAAAAAAAUGAUGCAAAAAAUUAAUAUAGAAAUAAAUUUCGUUACGAAGGAUAUUUAUUUGAGAAUGUUUCUUUAACCAGUCUAAGGUUAGUUUAGCAUGUAAAGAUUUGAUCACGUUUUGAUCACAUUUGAUGCCAAUGCUAAUCCUCUAUCAAUUGUUGAACUAAACAAUAAUAUUAAACUCUCACCAGUUUCCGCAAUUUCUUUCAUUAUUUUGGUUAAUCUUUUAACUUUUAUCAUAAUCAUUAUUAUCAUUAAUUAUUUUAUACUACAUUUUCCCAAAAUGGUCCAAAGCGCUUACAGCCAGGAAUAUAACUUUCACAUUUAAUUUCUUUCGUCAUGUGUCACUUGUUUACGCUACAAGCACACAACAUUAAAUGGCUAAUAAUACAAGUGUAUGCAACGUGGAUGCAAUUAAUUGUCAUUGUACACUUGUCAGAUUUUUCUGAUGAAUUUGAAAGCGUUGUCAUUUUUAUAGUGCGUUUCCCAAAAUGGUCCAAAGCUCUUACAACCAAAUUUUUUUUUUCAUUUCAUCUAUUUUGACGUUCCUCAUGUGUUACUUGUUCACGCUAUGAAGCACACGAUAUCACAUGACUAAGACAAAUGAUUAAUAACAAUUGACCCUUUUACAGGUGUAUGCACGUGGAUGCAAUUUAUUAUCCUAGUACACUUGUCAGCUUUUUCUGAUGAAUUUGAAAGUGUGACGACAGACCUUAUGUUUUGGCCAUGGUCAUCAUAGCUAACACCUGACCUAUCAUUGAUCCACGAAGAGAUUUUUUCCCCUCAAAAGGUGCUAAAAUACUUUUUUAAUUUCAGGGGGUUAUGUAUUAUUUUCUUUUUAAAUAGUGCACCUUAUCUAUACUGAGAAAGACGAUGAUACUUUUUCGGGGGGUAUUAAUGCUUGACAAUUUUAGGUUAUACUUUUCUUCAAAUAUAGAUAUCACAUAGGAAAUUUAAUCGGUUGAACAUGUAAAGAAUUUGUAAAGACAACAUUUUUAGCUUGUUUUACGAUUUCAAUGGUGACACUCCAACAUGGAGGUGGUUCUUUCGUCUUGUCUCUGCGCCAUUUCGAGUAAUUUGACAUAAUCCCUCUAUUAAACUAUUAAGACAUGAAUAUCAGCAUGAGACACAUUCUUAUGUCUUCUAUCAAGUGGAAUGGUAAAAUUGUACAUUAUUUGCUGUUAUUAAUCAUAAAAGAGAAAUGUGUCGAUACAAUUAUAUUUUGAACCAUAAACAUGCAAAUAAUGACACAAAUUGUCCUUUUCUGUAAUUAAUAUUAGUUGGAUAGCUCAGAUGAACGAUUGCACUGAGUUUCCCCGAUCGAAUUCAUAAUGAACAUAAUGAUAAUCUUAAUUCAUUAUUUUUCAAUGUCUAGAAAAAUAUAGAAAUAUAUUUUUCAUGGAAAUUUAAAGAUGGCCCCAAAUUUGCCGAUUAUUUUGACAAAGGGAACAGGAAUAUCAAGUAUCUCUACACUUCAUGUAUUAACAAGAUUGAUUAAUGUUCUUUGAUGGUGCAUGAAGUUCCCAAUUUCCGAAAAAACGAGCAUAAAAAUGACAAAUUCUUCUUUUUAUCAAAUGAGGACUUACGUCCCUUUGAAAAUUACUUUGUUAUUAUAUCAAAAGGGCAAGCUACCUUAACAGGUGUCGUAUCUGUCUCGGAUAUAGGACAGGGGGUUUCAAACGGUGUUUGUUUAUUUGUGUUUUUUUACAGUUUGAUCUGAUAACGAUUUCUAUCAUAAUUAUCAAGCUGAAUCGGAAUAGGCUUUCUUUACAUUGGAUUUUUUUUUAUUCUUUUGAAUUUCAUGUUUUAAAUAAGGGCCCUCCUAUGACCUAACAUUAAUUAUAUAAUUUUUAAUGAGGACAAGGUGGGCAAUAAUACAUGUGCGGAUGAAGAAAUGACCGACGAAAUAAUGUAUUUUUAUUUUCAGUCAGAGUAACUCAUAGCAAUUUAUUGUAACAUUAAAUUUGAUGUUGUACACGCUGCAUACUAUACUGUAUUUAUUUAGCAUUAAUAAUGAAAAAUACAUUUGUAUAAAAACCAUGUUAAGUAAUUGUAACUUGGCGUAACAGGCUGACACACUAUUGUAUUUUCUCAUGAUAAUCACACAAUGUUGCAGGAUGUCAAAUUAGAUCGAAUUAUUUAAUGUUUUGAUUGUCUUUCAUGGGGCAUUAAUUCAUUGUCUUUCCGACAAUCAUUAGUUGUCUACAGUGGUAUAAAAGUUAUAAUUUUUAUUUUGUAUUUAGACUUUGUACCUGUUAGUUACCAAAACAAGGAAUAUUAAACAAAUUGAUUAUAAGAAAAUAUCUGCCUUAAUUUCCCGUGUCAUAUAAAAAACCAGUGAAAGGAAUAAUUGAGAUGAAUUUUGAGCCAUUAUCGCGAAUCUCUCAUAAUUGUGUAUAAAAACUCCUGAGUUAUCAUAAAUUAAAAGAAACAAACCUAAACUAGAAAAGUAUACACACCAAACUGUUACAUUUGGAAUGAAUUAAUUUUAGAAGUGAACUACAUGUACUAGAAGCGUUGAGCCUUUGUAAUUAGACAUAAAUCUGUCCUUCUUUUCAGACAAAAAAAAUCACAUACAUUUUAGUGUUGUCCAGUGAUCGCUGAGGAAAUAAAGAUGGUAAAUAUUCAAUUGAAAGUUCUUCAGGGAAGUUUAUUGAUAUUGAUAAAAGCAAUUAUAUAAAGGAAAAAAAAAGGUCUAAUCACAACUUUAAGAAAGAUUUCCGUAAGAUUCGAAAUCAUAUUACGAGCAUCAUCCGUUAAACGUUUGAAGGAGUACUUACGUAAUUAUUUGUGUUCAGAUGCAGCGCUGUACAUUGAUUUGUAAUGAUGCACAGUGAAAUAUCCAUUUCUUUUGAGACACCAUGUAAAACAGUUAAUGAUGGCUUGCGUCACUUAAAAGUGAAGACGGUAAAAACUUCUCUCUAUUAGACGAUCGGGGGAGCAUUUCAUUUUACAAAUUUCCACUGACUAUUGUUAUAAGCUACCGAAAUCCUUGCAUCUGAUUAGGUCAGAGAAAACUUGUCACUGAAAAAUGACUGAAAAUUAUAAUAAAAAAACUCUCGAUCCUGUAUAUGUCUCACAUAUAAAUCGCCACAUAAUUAAAUUUGAUGAUUACCUUGCCCGAUCUGUGCCUCAUCUAUUUGCACUCAUAAUUAUAGCAACAUGAAAUCCAUUUCUUUUGAGACACCCUGUAGAGGUGAGGGCUGUCCCUGGAUCGGUGCAUGGGGGAAUGAUGAAGACAGAGGGUAUAGACACAGGAAAGGGGGAGCUUCCAGAAAUCGGAAACAAGAGGGCUGAGUUGGUUACGAGCAGGAGGAAGUCGACUUCCUUGGCAUUUGAACGGAUUGACAUUCGAAUGAAAAGUUGAAUCAAAUCACCACCCAUGCCCCCUCCCUGCCUGGCUGUGCAUGCCCCCCCCGCCCGCUCCCCCCCCCCCUCUUGGUCGUCUGUGUGCAAAGACUAGUAUAAAGUAGCACUUCAUUUUUUACAGUGUAUCUCUAGGUAAUCCUGAAUAUUACGCAUCUGAUGGUUUUACUUAUUUAUCGAUGUAUCGAAGUUUUUUGUUGAAAUGCAUUACAGUUGGUUGCUACACAAGUUGCGCUCUGAAUGAAUUAUGGCACGCAGUUAUGGUCAUGAAUGAAUUAUUUCUAUGAAAUUACAAACAGUGGUGGAUCGGGGAGGGGUGGAGUACCAGCCCAAACCUCCAAUAUUAUUUUUUUUAUCUUUCUUUUUUGCGGUUAUUAUUAUUAUUAUUAUUAUUAUUAUUUUUUUUUUUUUUGGGGGGGGGGCGGAAAAAAUGCAAAUCAUAAGAGGUGAUGGUCAUUUUUCUGUUGCUUGUCAAAUCUUUGCCCCAGAGAAUGUACCCCCACCUAGUAACUACGAAUUCGAGAUCAACCAUUGAUCAACUGGGGGGGGGGGGGAUUUAAUUUGUAUCUAUAUGAUUGUGAUUAUACUGAAUACUUUAUGAAAUUUUGAUAUAUAUAUAUGGGCAUUGAUUACAAAUAUGUUUUACCUCAUAAAUAUAAGUAUAUUUGUUUUACAUCACUCUUAUCAUACGUGCCUUUUCGUAUACAAGGUAAAUCUCGUCAGUCUUUUCUAUUAAAGAACUUUCAAAAUGUAUUUAUAUAAAAGUUCUCAAAUUGCAGAAAGAUUUAUGUGAUUGUGUUUGUAUGAUUGCUCUAUCGGUUUCAUUUACAUUUUAUAUAUUUGAUGUGCGAACGAUGCAACUUAGUCUAUUGAGUAUAAUUUUAAAUCAAAAUUACUUAUCAUUUUUGUAAAUGAUUUUCAUAGUUUAUGAGAGUGUUUUAUUUUACCACUGGGUGUAUUUUAUGAAGUGAUGUAUAGUAGCAUAUCAGUGAAUAAAGUAUAUAAUUUUUA